CCCGUUAAGGAUUUGGGCGGUCCAUUUCACAGAAACCCUAAUCGUAGAUAUAUUUUCAAUCUCUCGCCACCGUCACUCCCCUUUCUUCCCCAGCCGAACGAGCAACAGCAGGAGCAGCGCGCCGAGAUGGGGGCUUACAAGUACGUUUCGGAGCUAUGGAGGAAGAAGCAGUCGGAUGUGAUGAGGUUUCUACAGAGGGUUAGGUGCUGGGAGUAUCGCCAGCAUCCGUCGAUCGUCCGAGUCACUCACCCGACUCGCCCUGACAAGGCUCGUCGCUUGGGUUACAAGGCCAAGCAGGGUUACGUAGUUUAUCGAGUGCGUGUGAGACGUGGUGGAAGGAAGAGGCCAGUUCCUAAGGGUAUUGUGUAUGGGAAGCCCACAAACCAGGGUGUGACUCAGCUCAAGUUCCAGCGUAGCAAGCGAUCGGUCGCAGAGGAACGUGCUGGGCGGAAGCUAGGUGGACUCAAGGUUCUCAAUUCCUACUGGAUCAACGAGGAUUCGACAUACAAGUACUUUGAAGUGAUCCUAGUUGAUGCUGCACACAAUGCAAUCCGCAACGACCCGAGGAUCAACUGGAUAUGCAACCCAGUCCACAAGCACAGGGAGCUUCGUGGUCUCACUUCUGCAGGAAAGAAGUACAGAGGUCUCAGAGGAAAGGGUCACUUGUACCACAAGAACAAGCCAUCGAGGAGGGCAACCUGGAAGAGGAACAACACACUUUCUCUGCGCCGCUACCGUUGAUCUUUGCUUUGCAGCGUUGUUUGUUGGCAUAUUUUUGUUCCCGACUGUAGGAUCCUUUUGAGUUUGAAACGCUGUGAGUGGUUUGGAGUCUGUGAUCCAUUGGAGUUCUUUUGCUAUGUCGAGUUAUAUGAUUAUGGUUUGCGGUUUCAAUCCAAAUAUACUCAACUAGAUCUUUUCGCAUAUGUUUCUCGAUUGUCAGAUGUUUACUUCACUAAAAUGGUCGAUAUCGUCUCUUUGGUGACAUUGGUUACGUCAAUUUCCUGCCAGAAUAAUUUGAAUUGAUCAUUAAAUAGAGCAGAUGAUAUCUGCGCAGUGCGCACUAGUCAAGGUUGAGUAGAUAAAUGCAGAUCGUGUCAAAUACGAAUUAAGGAUUUAAUAAACAAGUGAAAUCUCAAUUGGUUAAUUGUCGAGUUGAAUCCCCUAUAAUGUACAUGAGCUUGCUAAAACACUCCCUGACUAGUGGUAUUACUUCGAGAUGAUUACAUUGGUACUACUUUUGAAUGCUGUGUUGCGAUUCAAAUUCCUUUCUUCUCUUAAUCUCCUGUAAGGCUGUAAGACCAUCUUCAUCCCUGCAAUCAAUAAGCAAUUUCUAAAGUGGGCCUUUAUCGCCACAUCAUCAAUCAAGCAAAAAUCUCAUUCAAUAAUUUCCAAACCCCUACAUCCCUAAAACCAAUGAGCAAUUGCCAAUAAUGGACCCAUACAAUUUCUUACCACAUAACAAAGAAAGAAAAAGUAAUUGAAAAAUAAAAGAUAUCCUCGAAGUCUCCAAUAUUCUCCUUCCUCCUCCACCCCGCAGCUCUCUACUCCCAAACCAUCCUGCCACCACUUGGGUCCCUCCGCCAGAAGACUUUUUGAAGAGCAACUUUGACGCUGUUGUUUGUACCACCGGGUGUUCGACUGGGCUAUCCGUGGGUCAGACGGGCAUGCGGUGUUGGCGUUCGGGUUGCAGCAUCAAGGAAUAGUAAAUCCUUACCUGACAGAGCUUCUAGCCUUUAGCGACGCUAUCUCCAUCGUUGUCUCAAGAUCCUUGACCCACGUGAUAGUCGAAGGUGAUUCUGAAGUGGUCGUCAAACAAGUCCGUCAAAGCGUCAUAGAAGACUCGAUUGGUGGUCCGGUGUUACGAGAGUGUCUUCAGAUCCUUAGCUAUUUGUCUGUUUGUAUAGAGUUUAGGGCGGUAGGUGUCAAAACAUAGCCCGACCCGAUUAACCCGCCCGAUCAACCCGACCCGCAACCCGACCGCAACCCGAAUUGACUAAAAGUCAACAACCCGUAACCCGCCCGACCCGCAACCCGAUUGACCCGCAACCCAACUAACCCACAACCCGACUAACCCGCAACCCGAUUAACCCGAACCCGAUUGACCCGCAACCCAAUUAACCCGAACCCGAUUGACCCGAACCCGACUAACCCGUAACCCGACCGACUCAACCCGAAUUUCAUCUAAUCCACUUGAAUAAUUAGAAAAAUAUACAAUACAUAGUUUUUCAAAAUAAAGUUUUUCAUUCUAAACUUAAGUAAAAUUAUUUUUUCAUUUCGUAUAAGAAAUUUUAAAAAUAUGAAACUCACUUGAUAUUACGUAUUUUAAGAAAAUUACAAAAAUUGAAACAUGAAGGUCACUUGAGAUCAUGACAAUAUUAAUAUAAUAUAUAAAUUAAAUUUUUGGUUAAUUUAACUAUUCAAUAAAUUAUCAAUUAAAUAAAGUAAAGUAAUGUAUUUGGUAAUUUGAUGUUUUUAAGAGAAGAGGAAAAUUUUUGUGUAUUCAAGUUUUUUGGAAGAGAAAGAAGAGAGAAAUUUGGUUCUUUGAAUUUUUUAGAAAAGAAACAAGUGGGAAUUUUGGUGGUUUUAAUAUGUGGGAAGAGAAAGAAAUGAGAAAGUUUGAUUCUUUUGAUUAUGAAAGAGAAAUAAAGAGGUAAAUUUUUGACUUUUCAACUUUUUGUAGAAGGAAAGAAGAGGGUAAUUUGGUUCUUCAAUUUUAUGGAAGAGAAGAGUAGGGAAAAUUGAGUUUUUCUAAUGUAUGAAAGGAGAAAGAAGGAGGGAAAUUUUAGUAUUUUUGUGAAAAGAAAGAAGGAAACAAAUUCGAGCGGUUAGCCGUUCGAGCCGCUCAUUCGGUUUUUGCCAUUCAACCACUAAAUUUAAUUAAAAAAAUCGUAGAAAAUUGAAAAUUGAAAAAAACAAAAAACGUCGGGCUCUCAAAUUGAAUCCUUAUUUCCAUUUCACAAUUUCGAAGGAAAGAGAUGAGCUCUGAUUGAGAAAUGUCCACUAUUUAUACUGAUAACGUUUAUUAGGUACCGAUUCUCUAACGGUUUUUGAACGGUCUAAUGCCGGUUGGACCAUUAAAGUACGAGCCGUUCGCAUUACCGGGUCAUGCUCCGGUUCGGUUCUAACAACAUUGCUUUCAGGUUUAGCCUUACAAAUACAGUAACGAAGUCGUAUAACUUCACAAGGCAACUUUAUUUGAAACAGAGCAAAGAAACAAUAAGAACAAUGAAAAUGCAGAUAAAUUAAAGCAACCCUAAUUUAGAUGUCGCCACCCACACCCACAAACCCAACCCACAAAAUCAAACAGCCCUAAUUGAAACGUCGCCAUUGUCGUCGGUUUUCUCAAUCACUGCCGCAACUUUUUUGUCUCUGAACCGAGGAGAGCAGAGAAGCGGCAGAUCGACGAAGAACAGGAUACGUGGCGGGGAUUAGAUCCGAGCGAUUGGAUCUGGACGGGGAAAGGGAGUCUGGGCGGCGAUUGGACCUGAGCGCAAAAAGUUGGAGACAGACCGAUGGGAGAAGAGCAGGUCUUCGUGAAGCACGAUGGCGAGGACAGGGAUUUUUAAUCCCUUCUUUGAUUUGGGGAAGCUUGGCAACAGCAGCUUGGGGACAGAAGGGCGCGAUCGAGAAGGUAUGACCGCGAGGAGAGGGGAUAAGAAGAGGGUUUUACAAAACAAAAGGGAGAGUGAGAGGAAGCAAAUUUCAUUCUUUCGAUUGCCUCUUUCGGAGAGAUCGAGGGAAAGGAGAAGAGAAGAGGAUAAGGGGAACACAGAAAGUUGGAGCAGCGGCCGUUGACUGUGCCGUCGUCGAUCUCCGUCACUUUGAUUGGACAGAAAAGAGAAAGAAGAAGAUGAACAGAAGGAAGAAAAAAAUAAGAUAGAGAUAGAGGC